UAAUACAUAUGAACUUGUCUGUAACGUCUCUAUUUCGUCCUGGCUUCUUUUUGAGAUGCCGUUUACGUGAAAACUGAUAAACCAAUAAUUUCAACUUAAUUAUUUCCCGUUUUGUCAUCUUCUUCUUCAUCGUUUGAACACUUUUUCUUGAUUUUCACAAAUUCACAGCACUUUCUUCUUCAUAUCAUAGAUAAGUCGGUUCAUGACUGCAGGCAGUCGAGGGACACGGCUUUGACAGGUGCUUGAAAUCUUAUCUCUAUAUAUAAAAUUUCGACUACCCAUUUCUGCAGAUACAAAGCCUGCAAUCUUUGCGUAUUCCCCAAGCUUUAAUUUCCUUCCUUGUUCUUGUAUUAUAUAUAACCAUAUCUUUUCCAUGCAAAAGAAGAGAAUUACUGUUUGAAUCCAAAACUUUCCAUUGUUUCCGAUCACCCAAGCUUUUUUUUCUGUGACAGUUCUUUUUUCUUGAGGUUGCCUGAUAUAUUUGCAGUGUGAAAUAUGAUGAGAAGUGAAGAAUAUGAACGAGUUCUUCGAUAUUUCGACAAAGAUGGAGAUGGGAAAAUUUCAGCGGCAGAGUUAAGCCAUAGACUAGGCCAGAUGGGUGGAGAGCUACUGUUAAAUGAAGCAAAAGAUGCAGUGGAAGCAUUGGACUCGAACGGGGAUGGGUUGUUGGAUUUGGAGGAUCUAAUAGGGUUGAUGGAAGAAGGAGGAGAAGAAGAAAAGUUGAAGGAUUUGAGAGAAGCUUUUGGGAUGUAUGAUGUUAAUGGAUGUGGGUUCAUCACACCUCAAGGACUCAAGAGAAUGCUCAGCAAACUUGGGGAGUCAAAGUCAAUUGAUGACUGUAAGGUGAUGAUCAAGCAAUUUGACCUCAAUGGAGAUGGUGUAGAUGAAGAAUAUGAACGCAUUCUUCGAUAUUUCGACAAAGAUGGAGAUGGGAAAAUUUCAGCGGCAGAGUUAAGCCAUAGACUAGGCCAGAUGGGUGGAGAGCUACCGUUAAAUGAAGCUGAAGUUGCAGUGGAAGCAUUGGACUCGAACGAGGAUGGAUUGUUGGAUUUGGAAGAUCUAAUAGGGUUGAUGGAAGAAAGAGGAGAAGAAGAAAAGUUGAAGGAUUUGAGAGAAGCUUUUGGGAUGUAUGAUGUUAAUGGAUGUGGAUUCAUCACACCUCAAGGACUCAAGAGAAUGCUCAGCAAACUUGGGGAGUCAAAGUCAAUUGAUGAUUGUAAGGUGAUGAUCAAGCAAUUUGACCUCAAUGGAGACGGUGUUCUCAGCUUUGACGAAUUCAGAGUUAUGAUGCAGUGAUUUUUUUUUUCUUUUUACCCUUUUCAUUGCUUUGCAUUUUGAUGAUCACAAUUUGUUCUUUGGGAUUCAUCAUCAUUGCAAUAUAUAUAAAUAUAUAUAUUUAUAUUCUUGAAAUUAUUUAUGAUUGUUUACUAGUUAAAUUACUGAAUUUCUUACAUUCUUUUCUCCAUUUUCUCUUGUCCUGGAAAGAUUUAAUCAAACCAGCUUUU